AUGUCCGCCGAGCCGGAACACACCCACGAGAAGAAGAGGGUUAACCUCAGGGAUGCUUCAGGUGCCGAGCACAAGGAGGAACUUGACACCUCUACCGCUAUCCUCAAGAAGAAGAAGAAGCCUAACUCCUUGAUCGUGACGGAUGCCGUGAACGAUGACAACUCAGUUAUCGCUCUUUCCAACAACACUAUGGAGACCCUCCAACUUUUCCGCGGUGAUACAGUUCUGGUGAAGGGCAAGAAGCGGAAGGACACUGUUCUAAUCGUCCUGGCUGAUGAUGACCUGGAUGAUGGAAGUGCCCGCAUCAACCGUGUUGUGCGACACAACCUCCGUGUCAAGCACGGUGAUGUUAUUACCGUCCACCCUUGCCCCGAUAUUAAAUAUGCUAAGCGCAUUGCCGUCCUGCCUAUCGCCGAUACCAUCGAGGGUCUCACCGGCUCCCUCUUCGACGUCUACCUUGCUCCUUACUUCCGCGAAGCCUACCGACCAGUCCGCCAGGGUGACCUGUUCACAGUACGAGGUGGUAUGAGACAAGUAGAAUUUAAGGUUGUGGAGGUCGAUCCCCCAGAGUACGGCAUCGUCGCGCAAGACACCAUUAUUCACUGCGAGGGCGAGCCCAUCCAGCGUGAGGAUGAGGAGGGCAACCUCAAUGAGGUUGGCUACGAUGACAUCGGUGGUUGCCGGAAACAGAUGGCUCAGAUCCGUGAAUUGGUCGAGCUGCCUCUCCGCCACCCUCAACUGUUCAAGUCCAUUGGUAUCAAGCCUCCUCGUGGUAUCCUUAUGUACGGCCCCCCGGGUACUGGUAAGACCCUCAUGGCCCGUGCCGUUGCCAACGAGACCGGUGCUUUCUUCUUCCUGAUCAACGGUCCCGAGAUCAUGUCCAAGAUGGCCGGUGAGUCCGAGUCCAACCUCCGCAAGGCCUUCGAGGAGGCCGAGAAGAACUCCCCCGCCAUUAUCUUCAUCGAUGAGAUCGAUUCCAUCGCCCCCAAACGUGAGAAGACCAACGGCGAGGUCGAACGCCGUGUCGUCUCCCAGCUUCUUACUCUUAUGGAUGGUAUGAAGGCUCGCUCCAAUGUCGUCGUUAUGGCCGCCACCAACCGUCCCAACUCCAUUGACCCUGCCCUCCGUCGCUUCGGUCGUUUCGACCGCGAGGUCGACAUCGGUAUUCCCGACCCCACCGGCCGUCUCGAGAUUAUGUCCAUCCACACCAAGAACAUGAAGCUCGGCGAUGAUGUCGACCUGGAGACUAUUGCCGCUGAGACCCACGGUUACGUCGGUUCCGAUCUGGCCUCGCUGUGCUCUGAGGCUGCCAUGCAGCAGAUUCGCGAAAAGAUGGAUCUCAUCGAUCUUGAUGAGGAUACAAUUGAGGCCGAGGUCCUCGACUCCCUUGGUGUUACCAUGGAAAACUUCCGCUAUGCCCUGGGUGUUUCCAACCCCUCUGCGCUGCGCGAGGUUGCUGUGGUCGAGGUUCCCAACGUCCGCUGGGACGACAUUGGUGGUCUGGAGGAGGUCAAGCGCGAGCUUAUCGAGAGUGUCCAGUACCCAGUGGACCACCCCGAGAUGUUCCAGAAGUUCGGUCUCUCGCCUUCUCGCGGUGUGCUUUUCUACGGUCCCCCUGGUACCGGUAAGACCAUGCUGGCCAAGGCUGUCGCCAACGAGUGUGCUGCCAACUUCAUUUCCGUCAAGGGUCCUGAGCUGCUGAGCAUGUGGUUCGGUGAGUCGGAGAGCAACAUCCGUGACAUCUUCGACAAGGCUCGCGCUGCCGCUCCUUGCGUUGUCUUCCUUGACGAGCUGGACUCUAUUGCCAAGUCCCGUGGUGGCUCCGUUGGUGAUGCCGGCGGUGCUUCCGACCGUGUUGUCAACCAGCUUCUGACUGAGAUGGAUGGUAUGACCUCUAAGAAGAACGUCUUCGUCAUCGGUGCCACCAACCGUCCUGAGCAGCUCGAUGCUGCCCUUGUCCGUCCUGGCCGUCUUGACACCCUCGUCUACGUUCCCCUGCCCGACCAGGCUUCCCGUGAGGGUAUCCUCAGGGCCCAGCUCCGUAAGACCCCCGUCGCCGGCGACGUCGAUAUUCCUUUCAUCUCCAGCAAGACCCACGGUUUCUCUGGUGCCGAUCUUGGUUUCGUGACCCAGCGUGCCGUCAAGCUCGCCAUCAAGGAGGCCAUUUCUCUCGAUAUCGAGAAGACCAAGGCCCGCGAGGCCGCCGGUGAGGAUGUCACAAUGGAUGACGAGGAUGUGGAUGAGGAGGACCCCGUCCCCGAGCUUACCCGUGCUCACUUCGAGGAGGCCAUGAAGACAGCCCGCCGCUCUGUCAGCGAUGUCGAGAUCCGCCGCUAUGAGGCCUUCGCUCAGAGCCUGAAGAACUCUGGAGGCAGCAGUUUCUUCCGCUUCCCCUCUGCUGGUGAAGUCCAGAACAACGACACAUUCGGCGAAGCCGGCAAUGAUGACAGCCUCUACGAUUAA